AUGGGGCAGGGCUCAAUCUCCAUGGCCGCCCCCAGGUCUGGGAAGCUGAAGGUCCCGGAGUGGGUGGACACGGUGAAGCUGGCGAAGCACAAGGAGCUGGCGCCGUACGACGAGAACUGGUUCUACACGCGGGCGGCCUCCACCGCGCGCCACCUGUACCUGCGGGGCGGCGCCGGCGUGGGCUCCAUGACGAAGAUCUACGGCGGCCGGCAGCGGAACGGCGUCCUGCGCAGCCACUUCAGCAGGGGCUCCCAGAGCGUCGCCAGGAGGGUCCUGCAGGCGCUCGAGGGGCUGAAGAUGGUGGAGAAGGACCAGGAUGGGUAGGGG